AUGGUGUUCGCAUCGGAAAUGGUGGGAUGGGAGCAUGGCCUCGUGAUGCAAACAUAUUCCAGUCAAUUCCGGGCGUAUCGCAAGGCACUGCAACCAUAUCUCGGUUCCGAAUCGGCAGUGGCCCAAUUCAAUUCUCUACAAGAAAUAGAGACGCAUCGCUUUCUCUUCCGUGUUCUGGAAGAUCAGACAAAGCUUGCAGAACAUAUCCAAACGGAAGCCGGCGCGGUGAUUCUUAAAAUUGCUUACGGUUACACUAUUGAACCGCAUAAGCGGGACCCCUUGGUGCAUAUGGCCAACGUUGCGCUUGAUGAAUUUUCGAAAGCUGCUUCACCGGGAACUUGGCUUGUUGACAUUAUUCCCGCCUUGAAGCACAUUCCCUCGUGGCUUCCAGGCGCAGGCUUCAAGCGAACUGCGGAAUUAUGGAAAAAUGACGUCGAGACCACCGCCCGCAUACCAUAUGACUUCGUGCGUCGGCAAAUGGAAGAAGGCCGGUAUGAGCCUUCCUAUCUCUCCAAUAUAUUCAAAACGACAGGAUAUCCUGCCCACGACUCUGAGGAGGAGUUGGUUGCAAAAUGGACAGCUGCAUCUCUCUAUACUGGCGGUGCUGACACCACUGUGAGCUCCGUUGAAUGUUUCUUCCUUGCAAUGACGCUAUAUCCAGAGAUUCAGCGCAAAGCUCAAGAAGAGAUCGAUCGGGUGUUGGGGCCUUGUCGUCUUCCCACCGUGACCAACCGCGCGCAUUUACCGUACGUUGAAGCUGUCAUCAAAGAAGCUCUGCGCUGGCAUCCGGUUGCACCCACGGGUAUUCCGCAUGCAUCAACUGAGGAUGAUACAUGGGGUGAAUAUUUCAUCCCUAAAGGAUCCUUGCUGAUAGCGAACAUCUGGGCAUUUACGCAUGAUCCUGCGGUUUAUCAUGACCCGAUGACCUUCAAACCGGAGCGUUUCCUAGGAGUUGAUGGCCGCAAGCCUGAGAUGGAUCCACGUGAGCUUGUCUUUGGAUACGGGCGUCGCAUUUGUCCCGGAAGGAUCUUGGCAGACACUACACUAUAUUUGGUUAUUGCUCAAUCACUUGCAGUGUUCGAUGUCAAGAAGGCUAUUGAGAAUGGAAAAGAAGUAGAAGUCCAACCGACGUUCCAGCCUGGAGUCAUCAGUCAUCCCGAGUCGUGGAAGUUCCACAUUACACCUCGUACUCCAGCCCAUGAGACGCUUAUUCGCUCAGUGGAACAGGAUCAUCCAUGGGAGAAGAGCAAUGCGUCAGAUCUUGAAAGAAGUCAGUCUUAA